CAAUUCCCCUACAUCGAUAUAUACCCACAAGAACAUUUACCCAAGACAAGUUGCACAGCAGCAUCAUGAAUCUCUCUAGUCUGUUGGGAAUCUCAAUGGUGCUCUUUUCACUCCAGCUUCAGAUGGCUAUGGUCGAAUCCAUGGGAUGUGGAAACGCGGGUAACGACUUCAAAUACGCUGGCUGCGCAAAACACUUGAAAAAGGAAGCUUUUCCGGGAGGUGACCCUCGGUAUUGGUCUUGGAUGAUGGAUGUAAUCCCUCCCCCUUGGAAGACCGACCACUAUGAUUGCAAAGGAACCAAUUAUCCAUAUGAAGUAUGCUGUAGCAUUCACGUGGAAAAUAUCAAAAAUGCACGUGACACCCGGCUCGCUUACCUCUGCCGCAAGCCAAAUGGUGCAAACCUACAGCUCUAGUCAGCAUUGCAACGCACGUCCCACAAAAGAAGUUUCCCCUUUUCACCUCAUUAUGUUUGUGU